GGGCAAGGAGCGGUGCCUGGUCUCGCUGUGGCACGGGCGGUGAGGCAGCUGUGUCACCGGGAGAGGAGGGGACAGGCGGGACGUGCCAGGCUCCAGUGCACACCAGGCUCUCCUGCAGCAGUUCCCGGUCUGGGCUAGCCGUGAGCAGUUCCUGCGGCACAGCGCUGGGCGCCAGGAGAUGGACCCCCGGGCAGGGCAAGAGCCCAUCAAUGUGCUCGGGGUUGUCCUGGGUGUCGGGCUGGCCCUGCUGAUCGUGGUGCUUUUUGUCUACACCUUCGUCCGGUGGUACCAGAACGGCCAGUGCUGGCGCCGGCCUGACUUUGUCUUCAACCUCCACCACACCUGUGGGCUGGGGUCGGUGGCGGUGGAGCUGGUGCCGCCAUUCAGCAUCAGCGGCUCGCUGAGCGGGGCAGGGAGCGGCUACGUGCCCUUCCACGACCGGCGGCCGUGAGGUGGC